GAAUGACAUCACUGCCUGUUGUGCAUGCUUUGCACCAAUACAGCAACGCGUCAACUGUUGUUUCAAAACAAACCACAGGAAAAGCUGCCACAAAUCGCACUGCAUCUCCGCCUGUCCGUUGCCUUCAAUUAGCACAGUCGUCCAGCACAAUGAACAGAUCACUAUCGGUCCGCUCCAAGAAAGAUGGCUCCUCCGGUGACAAAAGUGUCCCCAAGCAUCGCUUCACCAUGGCAUCGCUGCGAGGCAUGCAACAACCAGAUCUCUCCAAGAAGCUCUACAAGCUCAUCAAGUCGGAGAACCGCGCCAUCGGAGCUUAUGAAACAGCUGGCCGCGAGCGCGUUGCCAUUGCUCAGCAGCUUUCCGAAUGGGGCGAGGCUACCGACGACGACGCCGUUUCUGAAAUCUCGGACAAGCUGGGAGUCCUGCUGGCAGAGAUCGCAGAACAAGAAGAGGCCUACGCCCAGUCACUGGAAGGCUACAGAGGGCUGUUGAAGCAGAUUCGAAAUACGGAGAGUUCCGUUCAGCCCAGUCGAGAUCACAAAGCCAAGGUGUCGGACGAGAUUGCAAAGUUGAAAUACAAAGAGCCACAGAGUACUAAGCUUGUGCAGCUUGAACAGGAGCUUGUCCGCUCCGAGGCGCAAAACUUGGUAGCGGAGGCACAGCUUUCGAAUGUUACGCGCCAGAAGUUCAAGGAAGCCUAUGACGUUCAUUUUGCGGCUACCAUUGAACGCGCCGAAAAGCAAAUCAUACUUGCCAGACACGCUCGGCGCAUGCUGAAUCUUCUUGAUGAUGCGCCCAUUGUCCCUGGCGACUCUCAUCCCGUGUUCGACGGCACCGAAAGCGCCCGCCAGCUGCUGACUGAUGCAGAAAAUGACCUUCGCAGCUGGCAGCCCGACCUAGAGCCAAUCCAUUCCUAUGCCGGGAACCUUGGACGAGGAGCCAUGCCUGAGAGCCGAAUAGUUGGCAAUGCGACCAGCUCAGAUAGCAACGAAGCCAGUCUGGAGGCUGAAGCGGCGCAAGAAGACUCGAUCUCAGCAGGGACGACGACCCGAAGCAGGAGCGGAAGCGAUGGAGGGCUCUUAGGUACGACUUCCAAAAAGGUCGACGGCAGUGGUGAAGUGCAGCCUCAGUAUCCAGGCGAGGUACAACAAGCUGUAUGA